AUGCCCAGGCGUCAGCCUCAGCCAGAUCCAAUCCAAACCGCCAUCUCAACAUGGCUCACUCCCCUCGGCCCCCCAACAGACAAUGAGCCCACGGCCUGGAGGAAGUGUCUGUGCGAUAAUGCGCCCAAGAGGUUCACGAUAUACGAGCCCAUGGCGCUCUUACCCGCCGGCAGCUUCGCCAAUGCCCCGUGGACCGCCGAGCUCCAACGACGGAAUGCCGCGACCACCAACUUACUCUGGGAGCUGAUUCUGGGAGAACUCUCCAAGACUGGUCAAUCCGCCCUGCGAUUGACGCACCUGGCGGCCAACGAGGGCAUUCCGCUGCAGAGCCGGGACGGGACGGGGGAAAACACACUACGCAGUCCGAGUGGCCUGCGAAUUCUGUAUGGUGACUUUGGCGCCGGUGCCCCAAGCAGGAUUCCUCCUUCCGAGGAGGACUUUGGGAAGGCAUUCUGGGUAUCUGCCAAACAAAACGGGAUAUCCCAGACGUGGGCUCCCCGUUGGACAAUGUUCAGCAGAGGCAACGUCAAGGAAAAGGCCCGCCUGCUCCAGUUCCCCGCGGCUUCUGGCAGGAGACGCGACGGCGACCAGUCACAAGAUGCGUGGGCGGUGGAUCUCUACGCCGGCAUCGGAUACUUUGCAUUCUGUUACGCCAGACUGGGGUUCAGAGUGCUCUGUUGGGAACUCAACCCGUGGAGCGUGGAGGCUCUUCGCCGUGGAGCACGUCUGAAUAAUUGGAGUGUCGAGGUCGUCGAGGGGGACAGGCUGAAGAAACCAGUGGCUGAGAUCGUGAAGAGUACUGCCGCGAUUGUGGUGUUUGCCGAGAGCAACGAGAAUGCGCGCUGGAGGGCGGAGGGCAUGAAGAGGGAGGGGAGAUGGCUGCGGGACGUACGGCAUGUCAACUGCGGGUUGUUGCCUACGAGUAGGAUGACGUGGGAUGUCUCGCUGUUCCUGACGAGGAGCACGACCAUGGGUGGGCGGGCGGCGUGGCUGCAUCUUCACGAGAAUGUGGGCGAUGCUGAGAUUGACGCGAGGAAGCAGGAGAUACAGACACUGUUGGGGGAGAACCAGGAUGAAAAGAGGUUGACGAGAGCGAUUACGGUGGAGAGGGUGGAAAAGGUCAAGUCGUACGCACCUGGUGUAUGGCAUUGCGUGUUUGAUGUGCAUAUUGCUGUCAAGUCUUGA